AUGGCUGAAUCGGCAGAGCCGCCCACGGCCCGCCGCAAGGCCCGGGCCCCCCGAGCCGCCCGAAAGGCCUCAGGUACUAAACAGACAAGUACCUUGCAACAAGAAGAUGCUUCUAAAAGGAAAGCAGAACUAGAAGAGACUGUGAGGAAGAAGAUAGAAUUUGAGAGAAAAGCUCUACAUAUUGUUGAACAGCUUUUAGAAGAGAAUAUCACAGAAGAAUUCUUAAGGGAGUGUGGGAAAUUUAUCACACCUGCUCACUACAGUGAUGUCGUGGAUGAACGUUCCAUUGUCAAGCUCUGUGGUUAUCCCUUAUGUCACAAGAAGCUAGGAAUUGUACCAAAACAGAAAUAUAAAAUUUCUACCAAAACUAAUAAAGUCUAUGAUAUUACUGAAAGAAAGUGUUUUUGCAGCAAUUUUUGUUAUAAAGCAUCUAAAUUGUUUGAAGCACAAAUUCCUAAAACUCCAGUGUGGGUUCGAGACGAAGAAAGGUAUCCUGAUUUUCAGCUGCUACAGGAGGGACAAAGUGGCCAUUCUGGAGAAGAAGUACAAUUAUGCAGUAAGGCCAUUAAAACAUCAGAUGUUGACAAUUCUGGCCAUUCUGAGAAGCAGUAUGAAUCUGGUUCUUCUAGCACUCAUAGUGAUAGUUGCAGUGAUAAUGAGCAAGACUUUGUUUCCUCCAUUCUACCAGGAAACAGACCAAAUGCAGCGGGUAUAAGGCCACAGCUGCACAAAAAAAGCAUCAUGAAAAAGAAAGCUGGUCAAAAAGCUCACUUCAAGCAAGAGGACAAAGAACAGACAGUAAUAGAUGUUACUGAGCAGCUAGGCAAUUGCAGAUUAGAUAAUCAGGAGAAAGCUGCUGCUUGUGAACUUCCUUUACAGAAAGUAAAUAUUCAGAUUGCUUCAAAUAGUCCUUUUCGAGAAAAAUUAGAAGCUUCAGAAAUUCCUGAAAAUAAAUACAGUAGUUCACAAAUAACUCUAGUAGGCAUAAGUAAGAAAAGUGCUGAGCAUUUUAAGAGGAAAUUUGCCAAAUCCAUCCAAGUUUCUAGGUCAGCUUCUAGUUCAGUGCAGGUGUGUCCUGAAGUUGCAAAGGCAAACUUACUUAAAGUUCUGAAGGAGACUUUGAUUGAGUGGAAGACAAAAGAAACGUUGAGGUUUUUGUAUGGCCAGAAUUAUGAUUCUAUGUGUCUGAAAUCCUCUUCAGCCCCUCUGAUUAAAGAAGAACUUGAUGAAGAUGACAUAAACUCUGACCCAGAUAGUCAUUCCCCUGCCUUGAGGAAAUCUCAGAACAGCUUGGACGAGUCUUUGCCUUUUAGGGCCUCAGAUACAGCCAUUAAACCACUGCCAAAUUAUGAGAGCUUGAAAAAAGAAACUGAAACAUUAAACCUAAGGAUCAGAGAGUUUUAUAGAGGACAAUAUGUUUUAAAUGAAGAAAGCACCAAAUUACAAGAUUCAGAAGAGCAUGAUCCCACCUUCCCACUGAUAGAUUCAAGUUCUCAGAACCAGAUUAGAAAACGCAUCGUACUUGAAAAAUUGAGUAAAGUAUUACCUGGACUUUUGGGGCCUCUUCAGAUUACAUUAGGAGAUAUUUACACACAACUUAAAAAUCUUGUUCGAACUUUCAGAUUAACAAAUAGGAAUAUUAUACACAAACCUACAGAAUGGACCUUAAUUGCUCUGGUGUUGCUGUCACUACUGACCCCGACUCUUGGCAUUCAGAAGCAUUCUCAGGAAAAUAUGGUGUUUACACAGUUUAUAACCACACUGCUUGAAGAAUUACAUUUAAAGAAUGAAGACCUUGAAAAUUUAACCAUCAUAUUUAGAACUAGCUGUUAAAACAGAGUGGUGAAAUCCAUGAAGAAUGAAUAAAAAAUGAACUUCUUUACACCAUUUCUGGAAUUCUAGCCACAAUAAUGGUCUGGUAGCAUCUGACAACUAGCUUUGUUCUGAGAAAAACCUUUACCUUGUUGGAUUUCAACUCCCUGCCUCCCAGUUCCUAACUGUACAGCGACUUCCCAGAUAGAGGAGAACCAUUAUUCCAACAAGGAUAACCAAGCCCUUACAUCCCUGACUAUAAGACAUUAUAUUUUCCUGAAUAGUCAUUUAAGACUUUAUUUUUUUCUGGAUAACUCCAACCAUCACAUCACUUGACAAAAUUAAGAAAAGUCCUGUUUGGCCCCAUAGCCUAAACUCUAGAUUAUAAAGAGCAGUAAAGAGGUCAAUAAAUGCAAUCGAAGAUAAAACCCUUUGGAAAGUCUGUCAUUAGUCUUUUAAAGAAGCUGACUAUGGUAUAAUGUGGUUAACCUCAAGUCCAAAGCAAGAGUAUUUCAGAACUUUCUGGACUCAAGGAAAUUCUUUUAAAAGAAGGGUGGGAUAGAAUCUGUAGUUUGUUUUCAAGAGAGACAAUCUCUAGAAUUGACACUGCUUUUUUAAAAUGUAUAUUGAAGCAUGCUGGUUAGCAGGGCCUCCAGAGUAGUUAAGGGGGCCUCAGACAAUUUGGGAAGCUUUACUGGAGGGACGAGAAACAAAAAAUCAGAUCUGUACUCAGGGACACGGAAAUAAAUGCCAGCUACUAAAAGCCCAGCCACAGACAGGGCCAGAAAGCAGCCUGGUACAGUGGGGAGCUCAGUGAACAGGAAUCUAGGUCACAGGCUACAAUAUUAAUAUAUAAGCAUCAAUUGUGUUUUUGUAUACUAGCAAUGAAAAAUCUAAAAAUGAAGUUAAAACAAUUCCAGGCGUGCUCUCC